UGAUACAACGUCAUUUUGGGAGAGCGAGGCGGCGCAGCUCGGCAUCUGCUUAUCCUGUGACCGACGAUCACUAAACCGAGAACUGCAAUAUUAAUAUUUAUAACUGAGCGAAGUGCGCCGCCACCACCGCCGAACUGAUCUGUUUAUCCGUGGGGUCUGCAUUUAUUACCGCGGCGCGGAAUCGUCUCGCGGUCCAGCACCAAAGACCGUUUCACCAUAUCUGCAUUUGUGAAUGGUUCUAUGGGCCUGUUUUGAACGGAUGUUUUUUUUCUUCAACGUCGCAGUGAGCUGCACCAUGGAUAGCGAAGCGCUUUCUCAUCGCGCUCCGUGAGCUCAUCGCGGAGAGUCAAUGGGGAUGAUGAUGUUGUUUACAAAAACCAGCCAGCCGUCAGCGCGCUGAUGCUCAGUCUCCCGAGCUUUCAUUCUGCGUCUAAUCUUUUAUGACACGUUCGGAAAUUACUGUCACAUCCGUAUUUGCUUUAUGAAGAGGGCAAUGUCAUCGUCAGUAGACCGGCGUGGAUUUGUUGUUGUCUGAUUUUACUACUUGUCCUCCGCAAUUCGACUUCUCACCGUUUAUGUAACUGGGAAGGGGAACACUUUAAAAUCCCCCCGCUGCUAUAAUUGGUUCUCUAUACCAUGAGCUCUGGCUCCGCCCAGGAUGUGGCGGUGGAGAAUUUCCUGCGUGACAUAGAGAGGCGGGGCCAGUGGCUGCACUGUGCUGUUAUUGGCUGUGAGGAGGAGCACCCCAGAGGCGACAUGAACCUGUUGUACCGCAAAAGUCGACUGGACUGGAGACACAGAGAUCAGGAAAGCAAGAAAAGCUCUAAUUAUAAAGAUGCCUCCUCUGCGACGGUUGGGAAGGUUCGGGAUCUGGCGUCAUUUCGGCGUCAUUUCCGAAUGGGAUUUAUGACGAUGCCGGCGUCUCAGGACUUGUCGCCCCAUUCUUGUGCGGCCGCCAUGGCACCACGUUCUCAGUCAUGCCACGCUGUGGGCACUGGUGAGGAGGAAGAGAUGGAGAAUGGAUAUUAUCCAGACUCAGACCCACAAAACCAAUCCAAUCCAUCCCGUUGCCCUCCGGCCAAGCCUAAACGCCACCCCAACACCCGGCUCACCUCCAGCAAGGAGCAGGAACAUACCUCCCGUGGGGUCCAUGCACCACCGGAGACUCCGCCACCUCCACCUCCUAAUCACUCAUCAAAACACGAGAAGAGGAAUGCAAUGAAGAAAUCCGAUUCAGGUGAUAUGUCAAGCCGGAAAGUUCCUCCCUUAAAGCCCAAACGGAGUCCAAGCACACAGCUGUCCUUUGACCCACCUACCCCUCGGGUCCCGCCCCCGACCACGCCCCUUCCUUUCCAGAGCUCUGAGCCCUCUCUACGGGGUGAGGGCGGAGAUGAUGAGCCGGUUUACAUAGAGAUGGUGGGCCAGGUUUUUACCCGAGAAACUCACAGUGCCCCCACUCCUCAUCCCCUGACACCCUCUGCCACCACGCCCGAUUCUGACUCGGACCAAGGAGAAGCUAUUUAUGAAGAGAUGAAGUACCCCCUACCAGAUGACGCGGCUCGAGAAGCCCAUCGGCGCUUGCCGCUCAAACACGAGCGAAUCAAAUCUUCCAAAGCGUACCACUCCUCAAUCAUCUCAUCUUCCUCAACCUCCUCCUCUCUUCCGCGUCCCUCAUCCUCCUCUCCGGCCUGCGCUUCCUCCUCCAAGCCUAAAGCCACCGUCUCCAUCUCCCACUCCUCACCUCUUCCCUCAUCCUGCUCUUCUGCCUCCUCCACUCCCGUACCUCAACCGCUCUCGUCCUCACCGCACCCUCCUCGUGCCCCCACGCCCUUCCUGUUGCCGGGGGCCAAGCUGGAACAUGAGCCCAGCACCAGUAAGAUCCCGGCACCCUUUCCUAACCUGCUUCAACACAAGCCCCCGCUCCUGGCUUUUCCCCAGCCAGCGGCUGCCUCCAGUGGGGUGGGGGCUCAGCAUAAGACCAGCUCGGCCAAGAUCAGCGUGCAGUCAGCCUCCAGCCUGCCAUUGUCUACCAGCACUUCCUCCAGCAUGAGCUCCACCAGCAAUUCCAAAGAUUCCUCGGGAGUCGAGAAGGAACGAGAGAAGGAGAGGAAGGAUGGGCAGCUGGGACCAGCACCGGGACUUAGAGCCCGUAGUCAUUCCACUCCCCUCCCUCCAUCAUCCAAAUCCUCCUCUCCAUAUUCCCACCACCACCAUCAUCAUCAUCACCCACACCACAGGCCAUCCCACUAUCACCAUUACCGAAAACCUGAGAAAGAGAGCUCGAGCAAAGGGUCAGGGCAGGGUUCGUCUCAGUCCUCCACCCAGACACAAACACAGCCUAAGGAGGGUAAGUCCGUCAGCUUUCUGCUCAAGUCUGAGAAACCUGAUAGAGAUCGAGAUAAAGACAGAGAUCGGGAUCGGGAGAGAGAUUCGAGCACACCGUUAUCCAGCCACAGUGAUACUGUCACCUCGAGCAGCUAUACGCACACUUCUCAAACCGGUACAAGCACCACGCCGACCCCGAUUCUACCAUCAUCAUCAACAGCAGCCACCGCACCUUCCUCUUCUUCAACGCAGCGUCCGCCGUCACGCUCACAUAUGCACCGUUCACAUACCCCUCACUUGUCUCACGGCCUGCCUGCUUACAAACCUCCUCCCUCCAACAGUCCGCUGCUCUGGACCUAUCCCUCCGUCGGUUUUCGCCGGCCACCUGCCUAUGACAGCCUGCGCGGAGUGCACGUGGACCCUAAAACUGGAUCUGUGACCCAGGCAUUUCAGGCCAAGACUGGGUUCAUUCCCUGGGAGAGUGCAGCUGGCCUGGGACUCACCGAUGAACAGGCUUACUGGCCCAUGCAUAGAAAAUUGUCAUUCAGUCAUGGAAGUCGAGAAACGGAGAAGGAAGAUGUGUGGAAUGGCAGUGCAGAUGCUCAGUUGAGGAGAGAGAGGAAUGAUAUUGGAAUAUCUAUGCGGGGCGGAGGACACUCUGGGAUUCCUGUGCGGGCAACAGGGAGACACAGUGAGAGUUUGGCUGGGGCGGACGGACCCCCGGGUUUGAGAGGACUGAUACGGGCUGGGCUGCCUUUACCCUGCCAAACUUUCCCAGCAUGCCGCAACGGAGAGUUGGGUCGCCUUGGCAGGUCAUCCUCCACAUCGGGAGUGAGGCAAGUGGGGGGUGACGUUCAAAGACAGAGCAGCCUGCCAGCCAGAGAAGUUCUUAACCAGUUUCACGCGCUCUCGCAGUUACAGUCUCCCUGCAGUCCAUCACUGAGCCGGCAGCAGCAGUACCAGCAGCAGGUCCAGCUCCAGUUCCAGCAGCUGGCUCAGCUCGCUGCCCAGGCCCAGGUACCCAUCAGCACGGGCACCAGCGGCACCACCCCAACCCAGUCCCAGCGUGACGGCAAGCUCCUGGAAGUGAUCGAAAGGAAACGCUGCCUAUGUAAGGAGAUUAAAGCUCAUCGCAGGCCAGAUAAGAGCUUAUGUAAGCAGGACAGCAUGCCUAUUUUACCCAGCUGGAGGAGGACACCAGAACCACGUAAGACUGGAACGCCGCCCUGCCAGAGGCCACAGGCUGUGGUGUGGGACACGGCCAUCUGACCAGUAGAGUAAGAAAAAAGUGACUUGAGAGAAGAAGUGUUUUUUCUUUUUGUGAAAAGAUAGGGAUUUUUUGGAAAUGAGAAAAGUUGCCUUUGAAUGAAGAGAUUUAAAAACACUGGAAAGCAAAAUGGAGAAUUAAGAUUGUACAGUACAGACGUUCUGCUGAAAAAAUAGCAUGAUUUAGAUUCAGUCUCUCUGUAGAAGCCGGAGAGAAGUUCUUCACUCAGUGUUCACGUGCCAUAUAACUGCAGCAGCCCUGAUCCACACAUUCACACACACUCCAGAAGAAACACUAGAGAGCCACCUCACUUCGAACUCUCUCAGAUCUGCUGCAAAUAUAACCUGUGCUGCUGAGUUUACAACCUUUUUCAAACACACUGGAAACCUUUGGAGUGCAAUGCUGUUUGUACUCUGAUAAAUAUAAAGGAUGAGUGGGGAACUCUUACGUUCUUUUCUUCUAAAGAAUAAAAAAAUGAUCAAAAUUUAAGUUGUGUAUAAAAUGAAGAGACACUGAAAUAACUUUUGUGACUUUUUACUGACCAGAUUUACUCAAUUAUGCUGCUGUUUCCUGGGCAUCUACUGGACUGAUGUUUUUUUUUACAUUCCGGAAGAGUGACAGUGUGUGUGUGUGUGUGUGUGUGCGUGCGUGCGUGCGUGCGUGCGUGCGUGUGUGUCAUGGUGAACUUGGAAACCUUCGCAUUAGAGGUGUGUAAGAUUGGACAUAGAUUGCAGGGGAAGUGACGCAAAAGGGGACAAAAUAGCAGCGCAAGGUAGAAGGUUGAUGAAAUACAAGUUACAGAAUAUCAAAAUAUAAACAGUUGUACACUCUUGCAUACAUAUUCCAAACCAGUUAUGGAUGAUGAAGGGCUGUUGUAGUUUGUAUAAAAGUGGUCAUUUCGAUCCAUAUGUCUAAUUACUGCCUAUUGAGUGCCAAUUUGAUUAGUGCUGUGCCAUGUGAGUCUGCAUAUCUGAGAAAUCAAAGAAAGCAGUCGACUUUGUGACUUGUAGCAAAAUGUUCAUACAGAAGACUGAUCUCGAUAUUAAUCCCAGUCCAACAUACUCCAACAAAAUAACGGAGAUGCAUAACCAAUAACAUCUAGAUUUGCAUUAUUUCACAAAUCUUGUAACAUUCACAGAAAACAUGAUUUACAAAUGUGCCAUCAAUGAUGUCACAGGAAGAGCUUUAUUGAAAAUAAUGUAUGGACCAGUGUAUAGAGUGCUUUAACACGUGUCAUUGUAUUCAGCAUAUUUACAUCAGUUUACAGUCAUUCUGGGUUGUCACCCAACUCUAAUCCGUGUCAUAAAUUAGCAUCCAAUUGUCACCAAUUUCAAUCCAUUUGGAAAUGUAGUCUCGAGCUGGAGUUGAUUUUUGGUUAAGAGUGAAGAUCACCACAAAUACGAACAGUCUUUGUCAAUCACAUCAUACUAGACAGAGUGAAGCUUGUCAUCAUUUUUCUUAGGGAAAAAAAGAAAAAACUAUUUCUUUUACGGUCAAAUUUCCCCUUGCAUACAUACACAUGCAUAUAUACAGUACACUUCAAGUGCCCUGCUGGAAUGAGAACAUGCAGCAGUGCUCCUCAAACAAAUGCUGGAACCUGUCCGCACAAAGGAAAUCAACUCACACAUGCUCCUAAGGUCAAACAAAGAUGAGAAAAAAGUUCACAAGUGUUAAAAGUUGUAAAAUAGACAUGUACAACUGUAUUGAUUAUGUAGCAAUUAUUUCCACUUUCAUACUUGUAAUCAAUAACUAUAUUGUAGCAUAUAAUGUAUAAAAGUACAAGGUGUUUAACUGUUUUAUAAAGAAAUUUAGUAGUUUUAUCUGUGGCUGGGCUACCUGUCUACACUGUACUGAAUGGACCGCUGAUAGGUGAGCCCUCUCUACUAAAGGCACAGUCUCAAACCAACAUCAUCCUUUUUUCCGGCUAGUAUCAUGCAAGUCCCUUUAAGCAACUUUUUUGCGUUCAUACCCUCACAAACACACUCUUGUGUCUCUGUACAGAUAGACCAAGCUGGAAUAACAUUUGGUUCUUUUUGAAGUACUUAUGCUGCUAUAUUACUACUGUUGCUUACAUAUCCCUCACUGCUGUUAUUUCAUUUCUCUUCGUUUUCUUUUGGAGUACUUUAUAUAUUUUUUAGAAUGGAGUUCCAAGGAUUGGAUCCUUCUGUAACUGUUGGCAAUUGAAUGUUUCUCAGUUGUUGUGGUGGUUGUAUUUAACAGUUGUUGUUAUUUUUUGACUAGUUAGCAGCACCAACCUGUACAGUUCUCACCCUGGCAACACUACUGAGAAAUGUGAAGGCAAUUCUGCAAUGAUGGGUUUGACAUGUUGUUACCAUAACACCAGGGUUUCAUAGCAUCACUGCACCACCCAGAGGGCCAUUUUAAAUACAGUCUUUAUCAAACAGAGUGAAGGACCACCGUAGUAGAGGAGGGCUGGUGCAAUGCAUGCUGGGAGUUCUCGAAGAAUUCCCUUAAACAUUCAGUAAGGUUGGGCUGCGUCCCAGUCUAAAUUGUGCCCAGUUUGUACUUCAGACAUAAUCAUCUAGUGGCAAUUUAUUAAGAUGAAAAGGGUAUCUUAAGUAUUAUUGGGUAAACUAGUUUACAGAAACUGUCGGCUUUGCGUGUCUACAUAAACGGUGGCCAUAUUAUGAGUGCCAUAAUAUAUUGGUAUGGUAAGAUACGGUGUACCUUGGAAAUCACUGUAGUGCUAUAUUUGCAUUGAUAUCGUCAUGAAAUAAAUUUUAUAUGAUGAACAGAACAUCACGUGUGCGAGUUUGAGUGUUUGUGAGAGAAUGUGAAAGAGAUUGUGUUGCAAUCACAUAGAUGUAAAUGUCGUGUUCCUAUGGUAGACCUACAUAAUGGGAUAUCUGCCAUAACAAUCUGAUUCAUUC